AAUUCACAACAGAGCUCAAAUAAAGUUGCGCAACACUGGCACCAUAGCAUAAUCUAUUACAAUUCCUCUGUCUCAGUGCAGUUCUUUGUGAAAAUUUUUAUGGUUUCGACAAAUAAUUACGGAUUUUAGUUAUUUUAAUUUGUUAAACAUGGAUUAUAAGGCAAAAAUAAACAAAAGAGCACAAAUAAACAGCAAUAAACCGCAACACCAUGCCGACCCUAAUAAUUUUCAACACCACAAUGGAAUGCGGCAAGCGCCCGGCCAAAAUCCUUUUCGAAACAAUCAAAAUAAGCCCAAUAAUAAUAAAUCUCCAAAACAUAAUCAAGCAGUCAACAAUGCCACUGCACCCACCUUUCAAAGCGGCGAGUGUGUUGCAUGCCGUAAGACAUCAAUAUGUGUAUGUGAACGAUGUGGAGAUUUUUACUGCUCACCAGCCUGCCAGAAGAAAGAUUGGCCAAGCCAUAGAUAUAUAUGCUUUCCAAUGCCGAAAUUAGUGCAGCCAACGUCAACCUUAUCAGCGGACGCUAUAUUUCCGGUUAAGACCCCAUUAUUAACUGUUAAUCAAAUAAAUCAUGCUAAUCCGCUCAAUAGUAUGCAACAACAACAGAAUACUAGAAAUAUGCCACAACAAAAUGUUAGCUUGAACGGACAUGCAGCAAACUCUGUAAUCAAUGCACCACAACAACCAACCACUAGUAAAGCCGCACAAAUGGUUAAUAAUGUCGAACCGAAACGCAAAGAACCAACUGCUACUGUACCAACUGUAGACAUGCCCAAGAGCAAUAGUCAUGUAACACUGACCGGCUUUCGUUCACCAAAUCGUUGUUAUGUGCGUCUGGUCAAUCCUGCCGUUGACGAUGAUUGCAUGAUGAAUGCACGAAAAAUUGAUAUUUAUGGUAAAAAUGCAAAACCCUUGGGAGCGGUGCCGAAAGUGCAUAGUUAUGCUAUUGCCCCAUAUAACGGUGUUAUGCAUCGUGUACAAGUAUUGUUAGUACGUAAUCCCAACAACAUACGUGUGCUCUUCAUUGAUCGCGGUGUCGCGGCGCAAUUAAAGCAACGGGAUUUGCGUGAAAUUACUGAUGAAAUAAUAUUACUGAAACAAUAUACAUGUCUGGUGCAAUUGCGCAAUGUUUCUAAUUAUGUGUUGAGUGAAAAACUAAUAAAACACUUUGCCACAUAUGAGGAUUUAGAUUUCAAAAUCAAAUACGAACCAAAUGAAAACGGUGUCGAACUGUUGCAUUGGUCCACGGAUAAAUCACUAAAUAAUGAAAUUGAGCAAUUUUGUAAGGAAACAGGCGCUGAAGCUUGGAACGAUAAUGUGCGCGCAAAACAGAACGCUGGUACUAAGCAAGCCAAUGCUAAUACUACUACUACUAAGCAACAAACUCAAAAUCAAGUAGACGACAGCCAAACUAUGGACGAACCACACGAUGAGCAAUUCUAUGCGCUCGAGCCGGAGCCGUGCUCGUCCACAGUGAAUUCACAAGUAAGUGUGCAGCAGCAGCAGCAAAAACAGGCACAAAAGCCACAUAAUGAAAUAAAGGAAGUGCAGAAAAACGAAAGUGUCGUCGAGAUAGAACAACCGACUAUGGUAGCUCCGUUCGAAAUUCAUUACUUCAAAGUGGGUUGUGCACCUUUCAAGGCUGUUGUGCUUGAUGUUUCCUGCUUAGAAAUCGGUUAUGUUGGCUGUAUUGCACAAGAUGAUUUCGCAUCGCUGCAGACCGUACACAAACAGUUGGAGUCCAUAAAUGUGUCUGCUAAACCAUAUAAGCCGCAAUUGGAGGAAUAUUGCAUUGCAAAAUAUGAAGAUAUGUGGUAUCGUGCUCAGGUGAUUGAUAUAACUGACGAUGCACAGUACACGGUGAUGUACAUCGAUUUUACGAAUGAAGCAACUUUGACUAGCGCCGAUAUACGUCACUUUCCGGCAAGCGCUAACGGGGUGUGCAAAACAAAUCUUUGCUUAAUUGAUGGCUUGCCAACCAAUUUUAGUGCUGAGCUCAUACAUUUCCUCAACGAAGAAAUUCAAUUGCAAACUGUUAUUACCAUUGAUCGUGUGAAGAAUAUCGACGAACAAGUUGUGGUUGUUGAAUGUAAGAGUCUUUUGGACAAAAUACGUAAAAAUAAUUUACUCACUUAAAAAUCCGAUAAGCACGCAGUUAUCAUUGAAACGAAACAAAAUCGAACAACAUGUUUCUAAAAAAAGUUUUUUUUUUACCAUAUAACCAAUAAUCAAUAUAAAUCCCUCUCUAUCUCUAUACUGCUAAUGAAUAGCAUAUUUCCUUUGAUAUUAUAUAUAUAUAUAUAUAUCCCACUUUUUAUAAUGCUCGUUUCUUCACGUGACUGCCUGCUAGACAUUUUGUUUAAAACUCUAUUCGAAUUCAAGUAUAGCUCACACAUCUCCUUUGAUGUGUAUACUUUGGAGGUUAGUUUAGGUUUGGUUCUAAACCUAAAUCCUUUGAAGGUUAUCGUUUGAGGAAAUUUUUAACAAAAGUUAAAUUAAAUUAAAUUUUAAGCAGAUGUAAGCUUUUUUACAUCAAAAUAUUGUAUAUUAUAAUCCUAGGGUAAAUCCCAAUACUGUUCUACUCGACGCGAUUACCUUUCAAUUUUUUUUUAAAUAGAUAUUCCAAGGCGUGUUGUAUCUUCAGCUGUUCACGAUUGAAUUCUUAGUAAUAUAAAUAAGUCAGCGGUAGCUCAAUACCGUUAAUCCUUCGCUGAAAGAAAAUCAAAAGCAUGUUUUAAUAUUUUUUUAGCAUAUUGCAUGCUAAUGAUCUACAGCGCAUUUUAGUAUCGCGUGCCAAAAAGUUUACCAAUCACUGAGGUAGAAGAGUUGUUUUCGUGUGAAACAUAAAUAUGUAUAUGUUUUAUUUACCCUUCUACUACUGGGUCUAUAACCCAUUUUGUAUUUUUGCAAUUUACUAUCCUUACACCCAUUAUAUAUAUAUAUAAUAGAACUUUAAUUAUGAAAAUCAAAAUCCUUUUUCUUCGACGAAUUUUCAACUACUGGAAAUAAUAUUUUAUCUCACUUCUGGUAAUUGCUUGUCAUCAAUCAUCAAGUACCAAUGAAAUUUAUAUAGUUGUCUUAUAGCCAUAUUCGCAUAUUUCGAUUAUUUAUUGCAAUGGAUUUUAGGCAAUAACAUAACAACAAAAGUUGUUCAAAUCGCUUAAUAUUUUCUAUACAAAAUGGACUAAAAUGUCGAAAUGCUGAAAUGAAUGAGUCAAGCUUAACAAGUCAACAGUAAGUCAUUUGCCACCUCAUUGUGGCAAUGUAAUCCACUCAAUCCACUGUAAUCCAAAAUGUAGUACACGUUUGCUAAAAGUCUUCCGGUUUCAGGACUGCGUCCAUGCUAUAAAGCUUAGGAUUUCCGUUAUUUACGACUCCUUUGCUAGCAUUUAAUAUGGAACUGGAGUACAACGAAACUAUGACUGGAUUCAAGGCCUAGGCCAAUAUUGCUAUAAAACAUUCCCCAAAUAGUUUUGCGGAAUGCUGAUGAUGUCUAGCUGAUCUGAUGCUAGUAAGAUGUCAUGUAAGCUAUUGAUUCUUCAAUCCCAAUAUUCUACCUUUCCGCUUUCAUGACGGAAAAAGGUUUUAGUUUAUUUUUCUUCGAGUCCGUGGUUGCACUAGACUAGUCAACGCUAAUAGCGUUCGGACAAUAAUGGUCUUACUUGGCGACCGUUCGAUUUUUUAAGUUCGUCUGUCGAUUUUCAAGCACUCCUUUGAGUUUCUUAGCUUUUGUUCUAUUUUCUGAUGGAUAAAAUAACAAUUUAUAUUGCAACAACAAUGAAGUUAUUAUAAUAAACAAAAAAAUUGAUAGAUGUAACGCAUAUGUAUGUAUAUAAGUCACAAAUAUUGUGAACUAUUUAAAAUCUGAAUUCCAAAUUGUAAAAUAAAAUCAAAACAAUUAUAAUAAUUAAUUUGUUUUAAGAGAGAACUUAUGUUUUUGUUAAAAAAAAAACAAUUCAAACAUCGACUGCGGACAGCAAACUAAUAUUUUGAAAUAAAAAUAUAAAAUUGAUAACAUUGGCAAACGCUCUUAGUUAGAGUAGUUGCCACAUGUGACUAGAAAUAUCAAAAUGAUGUGACUUUGGAAAUAAAAUGUCAUGCUUUACAGAAAACAAUUAAAUGAUUAUGAACAAUAUCUUAUUAUAUUUUGCUAAAUAUUUUUAUACGCCAUUAUCCUUGAAUGAAUAAAUAUAUAUUGUAUAUAAAAAAGA